UGCAGCGAGCCUGGGGCCGCGCUGGCCGCGGCGGCGGUGGGACGUCUCGAUCCCCCGCUGGUCGCUUCCUCGCGGGUCGGGGACGAGGAGGCUCCAGAAGCACCUUGGGAUGGACGAAGAGGCAGUACAGCAGACCACCAGACCACCCACAAGGAAGAAAUUCCUCAUACCACUGGACGAGGAUGAGGUCCUUCCUGCAGGGGCCAAGCCCUUAUUCAGAUCCACACGGAGCCUUCCCACCGUGGAGACCUCGCCCCAGCCGGCCCCUCAGACCUAUGCUGAGUAUGCCAUCUCAGGACCUCCAGGAGGGGCCGGAGCCCCAUGCCCCAUGGGGUCAGAACCCCCAGCAGGAGAGACUCCCAACCAAGCCCCCAAACCAGGGGCAAAAUCCAACAGCAUCAUUGUGAGCCCCCGGCAGAGGGGCAACCCCGUGCUGAAGUUCGUGCGCAACGUGCCCUGGGAAUUUGGUGACGUGCUUCCCGACUACGUGCUGGGCCAGAGCACCUGUGCUCUCUUCCUCAGCCUCCGCUAUCACAACCUCCACCCGGACUACAUCCACCAGCGGCUGCAGAGCCUGGGCAAGAGCUUCGCCCUGCGGGUCCUGCUCAUCCAGGUGGACGUGAAAGAUCCUCAGCGGGCCCUCAAGGAGCUGGCUAAGAUGUGCAUCCUGGCCGACUGCACCCUGGUCCUUGCCUGGAGCCCUGAGGAGGCUGGGCGGUACCUGGAAACCUACAAGGCCUAUGAGCAGAAGCCUGCGGACCUCCUGAUGGAGAAGCUGGAGCAGGAUUUCGUCUCCCGGGUGACUGAAUGUCUGACCACCGUGAAGUCAGUCAACAAAACGGACAGUCAGACCCUCCUGGCUACAUUUGGGUCUCUGGAACAGCUCAUAGCUGCAUCGCGGGAAGAUCUCGCCUUGUGCCCAGGCCUGGGACCCCAGAAGGCCCGGAGACUGUUUGAUGUCCUUCACGAGCCCUUCCUGAAAGUACCCCGAUGACCGCAGAUGCCAAGGAGGCCCUCAGUGUGAUAAUAAAGCAUCUCCCAGUGCAGGCUC